UCUUCAUCAUCAUGCCUCUGCAGCCGGGUGAAGCUCUUCUCCUCCUCCUGGUUCUCCACAGCUCCACAUCGGACUACAGCUUUCCAGAUACACAGCAAGAACACGUGAUCAGAUCACAUCGAGACUUUUCCGUUGUUCACCCUGAGAAAGUGGAUGCGGACGGUUGCUUCAUCUCUCACACACUGUCACAUCAUUUUGUGAGCAGCAGGCGGCAACGGCGUGACCUGGAUGUACAUGACAGCAAGUGUGUGUAUUACAAACUGCACUUCAGUGGACGGGAUUUAACCCUCAACCUCACCAUCAACGACAACCUGCUGUCUCAUGGGUACGUGUUAGAGCGCAGAACAGAGAGCAGGAGUGAAACUGGGCCUGAGGUUCACAGGGAAAACCAGUGUCACCUCAUCGGCAUGGUAACAGACGGAGAUGUAAAGGGAACCGUCGCACUGAGCAGCUGUAACGGCCUGACAGGCAUGCUCUCUCUCCCUACCGGAGUGUUCCUGAUUGAACCUGUGCGAGGUCACACACCUACACUCACACACCCUCAGCAACCGCAUGUCAUCUAUCAUAACUCGGAGUGGCUGAGUGCCCGAGCUCGCCGCAGCACACAGCAUGAUGUCCAGAAUGCCUGCGGCGUCAAAGACAGUCCAGAGCACUCUAAGCAGACAGAACAUGAAAGGGAGCGCUGGGAGCGAGAGCAUCGCGGUCCAGACCAAGUUCGGAGUCGGCGUUCAGUGAGUACAGAGCGCUGGGUGGAGACGAUGGUGGUGGCCGACUCCAAAAUGCUGCAGUACCAUGGCAACAACAAUGUUGAGAACUAUAUCUUCACUGUCCUGAACAUGGUGGCAGGUAUUUACCAUGAUGCCAGUAUCGGCAAUGCGAUCCACAUUGUUCUCGUGCGACUCAUACUGCUGCAGUCAGAAGAGAAAGGUCUGAAGAUCGUCCAUCAUGCAGAUUCCACUCUGACCAGUUUCUGUAGCUGGCAGAAGAACCUGAACCCUCAGAGCGACACACAUCCUGCACACCACGACGUUGCUGUGCUCAUAACAAGGAAGGACAUCUGUGCAGGUAAGAACCAGCCAUGUGAAACACUCGGACUCUCUCACCUGUCUGGAAUGUGUCAACCUCACCGCUCCUGCAACAUCAACGAGGACUCGGGACUCCCUGUAGCCUUCACCAUCGCACAUGAGCUCGGACACAGUUUUGGGAUUCAGCAUGAUGGUCAGGGGAAUGACUGUGAGCUGGUGGGUCGUGCUCCCUUCAUCAUGUCUCGUCAGCUUCAGUACGACUCAUCACCUCUCACCUGGUCUACUUGCAGCAAACAGUACAUCACACACUUCCUUGAUCGUGGUUGGGGUUUUUGUUUAGAUGAUCGCCCAUCUAGGAAGGACAUGAUGAUGGCUCUUGUUGCCCCUGGGGUGAGGUACACUCGGCAGCACCAGUGUCAGAUGCAGUACGGACCCAAUGCCACUCUCUGUCCUGAAACUGAUAAUGUCUGUCAGAUUCUCUGGUGCUCAGUGGACGGUUCUUGUCGCUCCAAACUGGACGCACCCAUAGAUGGAACCAGGUGUGGGCCAAAGAAGUGGUGUAUCUCAGGUGAGUGUGUGGUGGUUGGGAAGUUACCUGAGACAGUGAAUGGUGGGUGGGGACAGUGGAGCACCUGGUCUCACUGCUCUCGCACCUGUGGUUCCGGCGUCCAAUCAGCAGAUAGAGAGUGUGACAAGCCGAAGCCAGCGUUUGGAGGGAAGUACUGUACAGGUGAGCGUAAGCGCUACAGGAUAUGUAACACUGUGCCGUGUGUUAAGAAGAAGCCGUCGUUUCGAGACAUGCAGUGCAGUGAGUUUGAUACGGUUCCGUACCACAACCAGCUGUACCAGUGGAUCCCCAUCAGCAGACACAGUAAUCCAUGUGAGUUGCACUGCAGGCCUGAUAAUGAGGAUUUCUCCGAAAGGAUGCUGGACGCUGUGACUGAUGGAACUCCAUGUUUCUCCAACAGCAGCAGGAGCAUCUGCAUCAAUGGUGUGUGCAAGGAGGUAGGCUGUGAUUAUGCAAUAAACUCAAAGGCUGAGGAGGAUCAGUGUGGUGUGUGUCUGGGUGAUGGUUCCAGCUGUGAGACACUGAAUGACACUUUCACACAAAGAGAAGGAUAUGGUUAUACAGACAUGGUACUGAUUCCUGAGGGAGCGAGGGAUAUAGUGAUACAGGAAGUGGAGGAAGCAGCAAACUUCCUUGCUGUGCGUGCAGCACAUUCUGAUAAACAUUACCUUAACGGCAAUUACAUCAUCCAGUGGAACGGUGAGUACCAAGUGGGCGGAGUCAAGUUUUACUAUGAACGCAGCGGCAAUUUGGAGAACCUCACAUCACCUGGGCCUACAACGGAACCCAUUAUAGUGCAGCUGCUGUUUCAGGAGACGAACCCUGGUGUACGGUACGGGUUCAUAGUGAAGAAGAACAGCUCAGCGGAGAACGAUCUGCUGGAGCCUCAGUACAUCUGGAAAUACGGAGCCUGGACUGAAUGUAGCGUCUCCUGUGGACAAGGUGAGCAGCAGCAGCCGGUGCGGUGUUUUCGAGCUGGUGUUGGAGUGGUGGAUGAGGAGCUGUGUGAUCUGAACUCUCGACCUGAUGACAGACAUCGCCGCUGUAAGAACAUGGAGUGUCCUGCCAGGUGGUGGGUAGGAGGAUGGCAGUCGUGUUCCGCCUCCUGCGGUUCUGAUGGAAUAAGAAAGCGCACAGUUCUGUGUGUUAGAACCGUGGCUGGAGAGGAGAGAGUGCUGCACCCUGGAGACUGCAAGAAACUUCCCAAACCCAAAGCAGCUCUGGCCUGCAACCGCAAUGUGACCUGUGGCUCAGCCUGGGCUGUGGGAAACUGGAGCCUGUGUUCUCUGACCUGUGGUGGAGGAGUGAAGUCUCGUAGCGUCAAGUGUGUCAUGGAACCCCAAAGCCACUGUGACCCCAUCACCCGACCUCGAUCCACAACCUUCUGUAACCUCCAGAGCUGCAUCAGAACCCGACCACAACCUUUGACCCCAACUCCAGCUCAUGAUCCUGAUGACCUCACGUCUGCUCCCACACCCUCACCAUUCACACCCACUGUGAACACUUCACACACUCCGAGUGUGUUACAUGAAGAUGAUCAGGACUUCAUCUUGGUUAAUAACAGCAGUGUAGAAGACGAAACACACAAGGGUGAGGAUGAGAAUGUGGAUGAGGAUGAGGAGGGCAGUACAGACCUGCCGCAGCCUACUGACAGAUCACUGUACACACCUGGCUAUGACUACAUCAUGGAGGACGAGAGAGAGGACAUGUUCAGUGUUCACACUCCUGUCAGCACUAUACACAGUCUUCAGACCACGACACAACCAAACGACGCAACAGCUACACACAUACUGAUUACAACAAAACCAGCUAGGACAAGAACAAUCACACACACACUUUUGACCACGACUACUGUACUGACCACUAAAGCAUCAUCACAAAAAAUAACUCACAGAACCUCCAAGGCCCAAGUGAGACCACACAGCCCCCCACAUACACAUACAGUGAGGAAGAAGAACAGACACACAGCCAGAAACCCCAGCAGAACCACAGAAACACCAAGAAGCAAGAACACAGGGGUGUUCUGGGUUGUGGGCAACUGGAGUGAGUGUUCUACUUCCUGUGGACUGGGAGCAGUGUGGAGGUCAGUUGUGUGUAGUUCUGGUCAGGAUUCUGACUGCAGCAGCACAGCAAAACCUGAACCUGCACAACACUGUAACCUUCAACCCUGUGCUGUAUGGAAAAAGUGUAUUGACGGCUGUGUCAGUGGUCUGAAGUACAGGGAUGUGCAGUGUGUGGAUUCUCAGAGUGGGCGAGUUCUGAGACCAUUUCACUGCUCAGAGCAACCAUCACCUCCUAUAGUGCAGUGGAAACACACACGCUGGGGACAGUGCUCUCAGAGUUGUGGAAGUGGAGUGAUGGAGCGCUCUGUGUUUUGUCCAGAACCUGGACGCUGUGACGCAAAUCUCAGACCUGAAAGCUCCGCCCCCUGUAAUUUUCAGCCGUGUGUGUCGUGGGCUACUGAACCCUGGCAGCAGUGUUCAAAGAGCUGUGGUGGAGGUGUACAGAAGCGAUUGAUAAGGUGUGUAAGUGAGGGAUCAGGAGAAGAGGUGAAGAGCUCACUGUGUCUGGAAAAUGACAAACCUGAGAGUUUCCGCACGUGUGGUGACGAGGAGUGCAGAGCUGAGAGAGUGUGUAAGAGAGACAGCAUGUCCACUGGCUUCUGCUCCACACUGAAGCUGCUCGGUCGCUGUGUCCUGAACUCCGUCCGUAAGCAGUGCUGCCUCACCUGUGCAAUCUCCCUGGGUGUUAUUAAAUGUGGUUACUGGGUGAGUCAGCUGUUGUAGAGUUCAUUAAUUAUCACUAAAGAGUUAGAUGAGAGUUAUUAGAUGUGGUUAAUGUGUUGAUUAGCGAGUUAAUGAGUAUGAAAUGUCACAGGUGUUGAUUAGUGUGUUAAUGAGUAAGGAUGAGGUGGUGCAGGUCAUCCCUCUCUGACCUUCCAAAAAGAACAGAACUUUUUCAUCCUGAAUUUUUUAUAAUGAAUCUUUUUUCAUUUC